AUGCUGAUUAAGCUAGUUAUUGGAGGAUGUACUUUGAGUGUUAUUAGUGCUUACGCACCUCAAGUGGGAUUGGGAGAGGAGGCCAAAAAGCUCUUUUAUGAGGAUUUGGAUGAGGUAGUUAGAGGUAUACCGAUAACCGAGAAAAUUGUCAUUGGUGGAGAUUUUAAUGGCCAUAUCGGGGCAAUUUCUAAUGGCUUUGAUGAUGUUCAUGGAGGCUUUGGUUUUGGGGAGAGGAAUGGGGGUGGAACUGCGCUUCUGGAUUUUGCUAAGGCUUUCGAGUUGGUGAUUGCUAACUCUUGCUUUCCGAAGAAGGAGAACCACAUGGUUACCUUUCGUAGCUCGGUAGUUAAGACCCAGAUAGACUACCUACUCCUUAGGAAAGGUGAUAGAGGCCUCGUUAAGGACUGCAAGGUUAUCCCAAGUGAAAAUGUUACUACCCAACACAAGCUGUUGGCAUUAGCCAUUUAUUAG